AUGGCGCAGACCUCCACCCAGACAGCGAGUAACGGAGCAAAAAGCAGUCAGCUCGUGCUCAGAAUUCCGCUCCUUCCGCAAGGAGCGACAUUGUGGCCGUUCAGUCAAACCCACACGGACUUCAGGCAAACAGAAACACACAAACACACACACACGCCGCGUGUGUUUCCCGUCUGUGAGGCGCGCCGUGCAGAAGGCUGUCCGCUCACACAGAGUGGAUGUUGCACCACCAACGGCGGUGAAGCUGUUGGAGCACGGAGCCCAGAGAUGGUGCGGCUGGAGCUGGACCAGGUGGUGGUCAGGAGGAUGAGGGAGGAUGACAUAGAGGCGGUCAAAGCCCUCAUUAAGGAGGGCUGCGAGGGCACGGAGAACCGCCUCAUCCUCCACAUCCUCACCCGCCCGCUCUGCCUCUUCAUCCUCGCCGUCCUGUCCUCCAUCCUGCGUUGCCUUGUCCACUCUUUCCUCCUGGCCCUGGCCAUCCCCGUCUUCCUGCUGAUUGUCUUUCUCAAGAUCACCAUGCCGCGGUCGACGGGGGUGCUGGGCAGCAGCCGCCCCUGCUGGGACUACGUGGGCAGCAGCCACAGGGGGACGCCGGACGACGCGCUGGAGAACCCCUACUGCAGGAUCAGCGGGAAGCCAUCGGGGACCAGAAAGGCAAGGAGCAGAAUCGCGUCCAAAGACAAAGACAAAGACAAAGAAAAGCCCCCUGAGAAGAUCACCCCGGAGAGGGAGCAGGCGGCGGGUCAGGUGUGGGUGGCAGACUGCGAGGGGGAGAUAGUGGGCUGCAUCUUCCGGGAGAGCGAGGCGCGAGCGGGCGUCCGGAGGAUGUGCAGGCUGGUGACGGGCUGCUGGUACCGGCGAGAGGGCCUGGGCCGCCUGCUGGUCCAGAGCCUGGAGCAGAGGGAGAGGGAGACCGGCGCACACCGGGUGUACGCGCACAUCCCCUACCCGUCCAAGGUGGGGGAAGCCUUCUUCAGGAAGGUGGGCUAUCGGCUGCUGGGGGAGGGGACCGAUGAUGAGGAUGAGGACGAGCUGAAUACAGAGACUCCAGAGAGUGGCUUUAUGGGAUACCCCCUCACUAAAGUGUUCUACAAAGACUUGUGAGCGAGCGGCACACGGCAAACGCUGGGUCUCUGCUGAGUGUGACGACGCCCUGUCUGCUGCGUGUUUGUUUAAGUUCAGAAUGGCUGAAAGGUUUUUGUUAUUUAUUCAAAUAUUUAUUUGACUUAUGUGUCGCUUUGCUUCUCAUCAGUUAAAGCCAUUUUUUAUCACCCUCCUAUUUAGUGUUUCAGAUCUCCAUUUUUGACGAAUCACAUUCUUUCCUAUUGUUCUUAAUGCAAAAACAUCAGCGUGAAGCGCUGCUCUCUGGAAAUGAGCUGAAUAAAAACAACUUUCCGUAAAGCACCUUUUGUGGACUGUGUUUGACUGGGUCUGUCUCAAACUGUUCAACACAGCAGCUGCUACGUGCGCGACCGAGUGCAUGCGCUGGUGUGUGAAACCAUCCAAAUGUGUAGGUGUACAGUUACUGUAUAGGAAGUAUGUGUGGUUUUAUGUCAAUCUGC